AUGUCCGUAAAGAAAAGUAAUUACAUCAACGGUAUCCACGUCUUAUUCAAAGUGCAUUCCACUGGGGAAUACACUAUUGGAACAGCUGGAAUUAUUUCACAGCCUAAGUUACCUGAAAAUGGCAACAUUCAACUCCUCGACAAUGUUCAGAAAUUGUUUGAAUUGAAGACCAAGAUUAAAAUAAGAGUAGAGACUAUGGAUGGAAAAAAGAAAGUCAUCGUUGCAACCAUUCAUGGUUAUUCAAAAAAACCAACCGGGAGAGUUGAAAUGGAGAAAUUAAAGACAGGUGAAGAAUCCAAGAAAUCGACAGAAGAAGUUUCAAGGAAAAAGGCCAAAGAGGAGGAAAAGAAAAAAGCAGAAGAGAAAUCAAAGAAAAGGGCUGAAGAAGAGUCAAUAAGAAAGGCAGAAGAACAGUCAAUUAGAAAGGCUGAAGAAGAGGCAAGGAAAAAGGCAGAAGAAGAGUCAAUUAGAAAGGCUGAAGAAGAGGCAAGGAAAAAGACAGAAGAAGAGACAAGAAAGAUUACUAAAGAACAAAAGAAAAAGGCUGAAGCAGAGUCAAAGAUAAGUGCAGUAACGUCAAAGAGAAGGACACUAGAAUCUGGUUUUCAGAGAUCUGCGAAAAAGAGAUUGAUAUACCAUGACGAACCUGAAGUAACAACUCCUCCAUCGCAUACUGACGACGAUGCCUCUGAAUCUGAUUCACAAAAGGAUAUGUUCUUAGAAAAAAAGUAUUUUUAUUCAGAAGAAGGUGACGAGGAAGCUUCAGAUGAUGGGUCAGACGUCAUUAGAGGCGAACGUGACUUAGAAGACGAAGAAGAUUUAGAAGAUGAUGACAUGAGUUUGUUCCAUAAAUCUUCGUUUGGGUGUUCUAACAAGGAUGAAAGUGAUGGUAAAUGUAAUUCAACGGCUAUUCCAAUUAGAACAGCGACCAGAACAGUAGCUAAUGUUAAUGAUUCGUCAUUAAUGGAGAACUCCUCAACCCCCUCUCGGCGUCAGCAGAUGACUGAUCUUAAGGACCGAAUUAACGAUCUGGAAGAAGAAAAUGGCUUUUUACAUUACCAGAUCGAUGAAAAGGAUGCGGAAAUCGAAUCACUCAAAACUGAAAUUCUCGAGCUGAAGAGCCAACAUAACCCUGACAAUCUGGUGGAAAGAAUUAAUGCUGCGCUUUCCGCAGCAAAUGGGAUGGCCUCUAACGAACGGAAUGUUGCUUCUAACCAAAUCGGCUCAAGACUUUCUACGUCAAUGGAUCAGAUCAUGGUUCAAUUAGUGCAAGGUCACCCAUUGAAAAUCGAAAAAUCUGAACUUAAGUUUGCCAUGACGAUCGGCAGACUUAACCCUGGGAAUCUGCACUCCAUGGUAAACAAAAUAGUGGAAUCAAUUUACACUCGGAUCUACAUGAGUGAGCACUCGCUGUCAGGAUUGCCUCCUCGAGGCAAGAAGCUUGCCAACACCCCACCUGCUCCAGUAAAACCUGCGUUGCCAAAAGAAGACGUUGUUGCUUUAACCCGUUUCCACCAACAAGUUAUCAAGCCAAAUGCUGUACGCGUUGCGAUCCGUUCGAAGCUGUCAAUGGAAACUUGGGCCAUGUUAUCUGCCAUGAACACACCGCCACCGGAAGGUAACGAGAGUAACUGAUGGUUAGCUGUGGGGUUUCUAUUCAUACACAGCCUUUGUCCUUUGAUUCAACAUAAUUAUUUUAUUUGCAAUAACUGUUACUUGAAUUCCUACAAGAAACAGUUAUUUCAUUGAUUUUA